CAGCUGGACUUCAGGUGGAACAAGUAAACGUUCGAUUCAGCUGCGUCAUUUAUGGUCUGCAUCACCAUUCCUUGAAUCACACAUAAGGAAAGUUCUUGAAUACUGUAGAACGGUUCGAUUGCAUCAGUUUUCGCAAUUUGUAACAAGUAUAUAAACAUUUCUUGAAGACUGAUUGUUAUUAUUUUGCUUCUGAGAGAAGUCUGAACGUUAAUCGGUUGUAUUGCCUCUAUUGGGAAGAAAGUUUUCAAACAUGGUUCAUGUUAUUAAAGUAUAUUAUGAUUCUGGAAAUGGGAUUCCAGAAAUUAGGAGACUGGCAGUUUGCAGUGAUGUUUUGACUAAAUUUGUAUUUUUGGAACAGAAAAUUCUGGAACUUUAUCCUGUUCUUAAGGAUAAAAGCUUUCGGAUUGCAUGGAAAGAUUCAGAUGAUGAUUUAAUUCAAAUGUCAAGUGAUCCUGAAUUAGCUCAGGCAUUAGCUAAUGCUGAAGAUGGUUUGAUAAAGUUAUAUAUUACUUUACAACCAAUGCCAAGUAUUCCAGUUGCUGGAGCUGCUGAAGUUAAUAAUGCUGCUAAGACAAACGAAGCUAAUGCUGCUAAAAGAAAUGAAGAAGUUCAUCCUUUUGUAAAAUGUGAUGGAUGUAAUAACAGUGUUAAAGGUUACCGUUAUAAGUGUCUUGAGUGCAAAGAUUUUGAUUUAUGCUCCUCCUGCCAUGCUGCUAACAAGCAUCCUGAACACGAUAUGCUUAAAUUGACAAGACCUAAUUCUGUUUCACGUGAAUGGGUGUUUCCUGGUGCUAGACAUAUGUGGCGUGGUAUGUUUGGUCAUUGCCCUAAAAGAUUUCACUCUUUCCAUUCUAUGAAAGAAAAUUCUGCAAAAAAGGAUGAUCAACAUCAGAAAUCAGCUGAUAACAAGUCAGAAGAGCAUCAAAAGCCAGCCGAUAUUUUUGAUAUUUUUGGAACUCUUCUGGGGGAAAAUCCUGGGAGUGCUAUAUCAAAAAUGGCUGAAUUGUGUCAACACCAAUUGCUGGCUUUGAGUAAAGUAGCUGAUGUAGAUGUUAAUGUGAAGUGUGCAUUUAAAAAGUCAGAGGAUGAUGAACAAGCAGCUAAAGAUACUGGUAAUGAUGAAGAUGCUAAAGAAGAGAAUGCAGACAAAUCUAAAGCUGAAAAUGAUGAUGUGAUAGUGGAAUCAGACGGAAUCAAACUUGAAAAUAAAUUUGAAGGUGAAGGCAACAAAAUUCCACUUGAAUCCCAACUGGAGACAGAACUCAAUAAAUCAGAUCAAAAGGUACAAGAGAGUGCUGCAAGUGGAGAUGAUAAUAACACUUCAAGUGUCAGACCAAAAGUUAUCAGUUUGGGUUUUUCGCCUGAAACUGAUAAAUAUGGAAAUGAACAGUUGUCAAGCUCUGCUUUUAAACCUGUUGCUGGAGGAUUAUUUGCACCAGAAUCAGGAAACUGUGAUGACUGGACAUUGCUUAAUAAAGAUGAUGCUGAUAAACAUGCAAAACCAUCUUCAGAAUCUGCAGAUGACAGCUGUGUUAAGAAAAAGAAACAGGAACUGAAACAAGAUGGUGAUUUUGAUGUGCGUUCUGAAGAUCCUAAAAUAGCUAAUGCUUUGAUGAAAAUGAAAGCCAUGGGUUUUACCAAUGAAGGAGGAUGGCUUGAACGACUUCUUAUUACAAAAGAAGGGAACAUCAAUGAUGCUCUAGAUGCUUUGUAUCCGAACAGUCAGAGACAUUAGAUUUCUCUGUUGGUCUAUAUAAAAUAUGGCAUUUUCAAAUAUUUCCUUUUUUUUUUUUUAAAUUUCUUUUACUGUAUGGAUAAAUUUAUGUGAAUAUAAAGGGUAAAUUUAUCAUUUUAUUGAAACACUGUAUUACAAAAUAUUGAACACAUACAGGGAUUUAUGUAAUCUGUGUAUCAAAUCCUCUAUAUCAGUGUAGCAAACUGUAUCAAUGUUACAAAUUGUGUAAUUGUUUGAUAUAUGUUUAUGCCACAGCAUUUCUGUUUUAUCUGUGCAACAGUGUUUCUGUUUUAUCUGUGCAACAAUGUUUCUGUUUUAUCAUUAUUCUGUGAUUUAUGAAGCACAUAUGUCUUUAAAAGUAUUUGCAGUUAAAUGUAUAUUGAGUCAUUGUCAUUAAGAUUUUGAAUAUUUACAAACCAAUCUGUUGUUGAACUUGUUACUUAUGUUUUAUUGAACAUAUCCUUUAUAUAUCUCAUUCAUAUAGUUAAUUCUUAUGUUUUAACACUUGAUGUUAUCUUUUUAUUGAUUAAAUAAAUGUACAAGUAAAAUA